CCUGGAGAAUAAAACGCAAGGAACAAGGAGAUUGUAUUGAAGAAAGUGAGGAGAACGAAGAAUUGAGUGAAGAUGAAGUGAAACGCGUCAAAACUGGAGAAAAAUCUGUGAGUUGCUCUCAAACCAAACGGAAAGAUUUAAAGAAAAGAGGAGCCAAUAAAUCUUUCACCUGCACUCAGUGUGGAAGGAGUUUGACAUGCAAAUAUAGUCUUGAUGUUCACAUGAGAGUUCACACUGGAGAGAAACCAUUCAUUUGUGAUCAGUGCGGGAAGCGUUUCUCACAAUCGUUAAGCCUUAAGGAUCACAUGAACAUCCACACUGGAGAAAAACCAUACACAUGUGAUCAGUGCGGGAAGAGUUUCACACUAAAAGGAAGCCUUAUGACACAUAUGAGAAUUCAUACAGGAGAGAAACCGUUCACAUGUAAUCAAUGUGGAAAGAGUUUUGCAUUCUUAGCAAACUUUAAGGUACACAUGAACAUCCACACUGGAGAGAAACCUUAUAAGUGUUCACACUGUGACAAGAGAUUCAGUCAGUCAACAACUCUGAAAACACAUGAGAGGAUCCACAUUGGAGAGAAACCGUACACAUGUGAACAGUGCGGAAAGAAUUUUGCACGAAAAGGAAUCCUUAUGACACAUAUGAGAGUUCAUAUGAGAAUUCAUACAGGAGAGAAACCGUUCACAUGUAAUCAAUGUGGAAAGAGUUUUGCAUUCUUAGCAAACUUUAAGGUACACAUGAACAUCCACACUGGAGAGAAACCUUAUAAGUGUUCACACUGUGACAAGAGAUUCAGUCAGUCAACAACUCUGAAAACACAUGAGAGGAUCCACAUUGGAGAGAAACCGUACACAUGUGAACAGUGCGGAAAGAAUUUUGCACGAAAAGGAAUCCUUAUGACACAUAUGAGAGUUCAUACAGGAGAGAAACUGUACACAUGUAUUCAAUGUGGAAAGAGUUUGAAAUGCAAAUAUAGUCUUGAUGUUCACAUGAGAGUUCAUACGGGAGAGAAACCAUUCACAUGUGACCAGUGCGGGAAGAAUUUCACUCAAUCAGCAAGCCUUAAGAGACACAUGAACAUCCACAAUGGAGAGAAGCGGCACACAUGUGAUCAAUGCGGCAAAACAUUUUUGUGGGCUUCAGUCCUGAAGAAACACCUGACAGUUCAUACAAAGGAGAAGCCACAUUCAUGUUAUUUGUGUGGAAAGAGUUUUUCAUGUUUACAAAGUUUGAAAGUACAUCAAAAAAUACAUACUGGUGUGAGAGAGUACGUGUGCUUUGAGUGUGAAAAGACUUUUACUUCAGCAAACUGUUUAAAACUGCACCAUAUGAUUCACACUGGAGAAAAACCUUAUAAGUGUUCACACUGUGACAAGAGAUUCAGUCAGUCAUCACAUCUGAAAACACACAAGAGGAUCCACACUGGAGAGAAACCGUAUCUCUGCACUACAUGUGGGAAGCGUUUCAAUCGUUCAUCUGCUCUACACAGACAUACAAAAAACAUUCACAGCAAGUAGAUCAUCUUCAGAUCCAGCACUUUCAGAUCUGAUGCUGCAUCCUCAACAAAUCCUCAUCAAACGUAAUUUAUUCCAAGUGCAAGAAAAUGCAGAUGCAAGAUAUACUGUCAUGUAGCGUUGCAACUGAUCCUUAUUUGCUUCUCUUGUAAGAAGGGAUGGGUAACAGAACAUGGUAUUUAAUGGGCCAUUUUUUUCAUGAAAAAAAAAGAAUAAUGUAUUGUUUGUC